UCAAUAAAUAUCAUCAACAAUGUCUUCCUCAUCAGGCGAUGAAGCAGAUAAAGCUUUUGAUGAAAUGGUCGACGAAGUUGUUGAUAAUUUCAUAGACACAGUAGUUGAUGGUCAAACCAACUACCGGAAGAAACGAGCUUAUAUCGAAAGAGAUCGAGAGCGAGGACACAAUCAACUAUGGAAAGACUAUUUCAUGGAAAAUCCUACAUACCCACCUGAAAUGUUUAGGAGGCGUUUUCGAAUGAACAAACCACUGUUCCUUCGCAUUGUCGAGCGUCUAAGUAGUGAAGUUCCAUACUUUCAGCAAACAAGAGAUGCUGCGGGAAGGUACGGGCUUUCUCCCCUUCAAAAGUGUACGGCAGCUAUACGUAUGCUCGCAUAUGGUCAGUCGGGAGAUACAUAUGACGAAUAUCUCCGACUUGGUGACAGUACAUCACGUUUAUGUUUGGCAAAUUUCACUGAUGCAAUAAUACAGUUGUUUGGAGAUGAGUAUCUACGCAAGCCUACACCCGAGGAUCUUCAACGAUUACUCGAUGUUGGAGAGGUACGGGGGUUUCCGGGGAUGAUAGGCAGCAUCGACUGUAUGCACUGGGAGUGGAAAAACUGCCCAACGGCUUGGAAAGGUCAGUUCACACGUGGUUCAGGAAAGCCGACAAUUGUCUUAGAAGCUGUUGCAUCACAAGAUCUUUGGAUAUGGCACGCAUUUUUCGGCUUACCAGGUACCCUCAACGAUAUCAAUGUUCUAGAUCGGUCACAUGUUUUUGAUGACAUCUUACAUGGUCGAGCACCUAAAGUUAAGUUCAAGGUCAACAACCACACUUAUCGUAUGGCCUACUAUCUUACUGACGGAAUUUAUCCAAAUUGGGCAACAUUUAUCCAAUCCAUCCCACUUCCUCAAGGUCGUAAAGCCGAGAAAUUUGCUGAAAAACAAGAAUCCGCUAGAAAAGAUGUCGAACGGGCUUUUGGAGUAUUACAAUCGAGGUUUGCAAUUGUUAAAAACCCAGCUAAACAAUGGGACAAGGCAAAGAUAGGAAAGAUAAUGAAAACUUGUGUCAUAUUGCACAAUAUGAUAGUAGAGAACGAACGACACGGAUACGCUCAAAUUAAUACGUCUGAGUUUGAGUCAGGAGAGUCCAGCAGAAGUUCAAGGGUGAGAACCAGAGAUAGUAUUCAUGUCGGUGAUAUGUUAGGCAUCCGCAGAGAAGUUCGAGAUUUAGAGACGCAUGCUCGAUUGAAAGCUGAUUUAGUGGAAAAUAUUUGGCAAAAGUUUGGUGAUGAAGAUGAAUAAGCUUUGUAUGUUUUUGAAUUUCUCUAUUUAUGUAAUCUACUCUUAAUGUAUUGAAUAAAAAUUUUUCAUAAUUUUAUAAUAUAUUUUACUAUUUUAUUCAUGUAUUCUGAAUUAUUUCGAAAUUUACUUUUUUUUUAAUUUAUAUUUUUAUUUUAUUCCUAUGAACUCCUUCUUCGAGUUCACUAAUGCAGAAAACAACAAAUACAGGUUCAUAACUAUUUAUGGCCCCAUCAAAAAAUAUUAAAAAAAUU